GCAAGGCCGUUCUUGGCCAUCCUCCACCGCAGCUGCGCAUCUCGGUAACCGUCAUUUGGGUGAGGGUGACAGACGACGGAAAUCUUCGCGUCGUUCGUCCCCAGUCAGCGUCGUCUGCGAAGAAAACAUGGCGGAACUCUACGCAUUUUUCGAGGAUGUUGGCGUAUGUGAGGACGAAGCAACUCGCGUAUUUCGUUCAAACAGUGACGCGUUUGUUGUCCUGUCCGACGAUGCCUUCAUAAGGCACUUCCGGCUGUCCAAAGAAGCAGCUAAAGAGGUCUGCGAAGCUGUCACCGAAGACUUGAAGCGACCGCAGCAAUGGCGAUCCACAACGCUCACGGUUGAACAACGGGUGCUCAUGGCACUACGCUUCUACGCGACCGGGGCCUUUCUUGGUAACAUAGCUCACGAAGAGUACUUCGCCACGACCAAGGGCCCGGUCUCAGAGUCGAUACAUGCCGUCAGCCUGGCUGUCAUAAAAAAUCUGGCCCCCAAGUAUCUGCGCUUCCCGCAAACACCCGAGGAGAAGCUGACCGUGAAACGUGGAUUCUACGAGAUUGCAGGGCUGCCUGGAUGUCUUGGUGCAGUCGACGGCACAGCCGUUGCAAUCAUAGCGCCCAGCAACAUGGAUCCACGUUUUACUGAUGGCAACUACUACUGCCACAAAGGAUAUCAUGCACUGAAUGUGCUAGGGAUUUGUGAUGCCAAUCGCAGAAUCCUCCACGUAAACGCAAGGUAUCCGGGGAGCUGUCACGACGCUGCUGUCUGGGCUAUGUGCAGGAUACGACAAAGGGCUUCGGUGCUGUUUGAUGACGGUGAAUGGCUGCUAGGAGAUCUUGGCUACCCCCUGGAGCCCUGGUUAAUGACUCCCUUCCGAAAUCCUGCAUCAGACAAGGAAACAGCAUAUAACAGAGCUCACAGCAGGACUAGAGUCCGAAUUGAGCAUUGCUUUGGAGUGCUCAAAAUGCGGUUCCGGUGUCUACAGAGGUACCGCACACUUCACUUUGCACCGGACAGAGCCUGCAACAUUAUCACCGCCUGUGCUGUCCUACACAACAUGUGCAUUGCGUACAACUUGACUGAUCCUGCAGACGAUCCUGAGCCAGCAGCUACAGAAAAUGCCAGUGACACCUUGCCAGUGACAGAAGAUGAAACCAGCGAGGAGGAAGGGCACAGCAGUCAAAAGAACUCCCUGACAUCACAGGCGAUGCAUGUGCGCAAGACAAUUGUCGACAGAUAUUUCUAACAGCCUGUCAGAAAAUGUGUGCUUCAUCGCAACUGCUAAUUUCUAUACUAUUAUCAUUAAUAUUUUCUUGAUGAGCAGCAUAUCGUUUCUCACACUGCAUA